AUGCUCACCACCUCCGUCUUGUCCCUCGCCGCCUGCGGCCUCUCCGCCUUCCAGCUCGUCGCCGCCGACGCGCACGCCGACACGCGCUACGGCACGAAGCACUGGAUUGGCCCCUUCUGGGACCCGGACCACUGCGGCAAGGGCAACUACGAGAAGUGCUACCCCAAGAAGGAGGACACCAUGAAGCUGCUGUGGGACCAGUUCGACAAGGCCUUCGAGGAGCUGUGCAAGGACGUCUCCUGCGAGGGCUCCUUCGACGUCAAGUUCCCCGGCGACGGCUGCGACUCCAAGCACACCGGCCCCAACACGGCCUACUCCCUCAAGAUCGAGGCCGAGUAUACCCACGGAGACCGUGACGGCGUCAAGGAGGCCUACACCAACACCAUCCAGAAGCUCAACAAGCAGAGCACCGACUGCGGCUUCUUCGACACCAACGGCGUCAACCAGGUCAAGGUGGAGAUCCCGACGGACAUUAACAUCGUCCGCGACACGGGCGACCACGGCCUGCGCUCGACGAUGCACAUCAUGCUCGACACCGGCGGCGAGAGCGCCUGCGGGCUCGUCAACGACAUGUGGGGGGCCGUCGGCGGCUCGAUCCCCGGCGGUUCCAUCUUUGGCGCCAUUCUGAAGGGUACCUGCAAGUAA